AUGAUGGAUCAGUUGAUCCACACGAGCCACCCCCUCUUCCAAGUUCUGCGUCUUCCGAUGAUCGUGGAUAAAUGGGCUCUAGGCUCCGGAGGCUCUGCCAGAAAAUCGGAUACUCUGGAUAAAUCACCUAUCGGUCGGCUCUCCCCCGAGAACUUUAUGGAGGUCUUUGACCACUGCCUCUCCCUGACAGACUCCGAUGCUAAGGUGCCCCUAGGGAUCACACUCUCCCAUGUAUCGAAGGCCUGGAGGGACGUGGCUUUAGACCAUUCGCCACUCUGGACGAGGAUUGUCUGCAAGAAACCGAUUCUGCCACCAUCCGUCCUCAAGGUCAAUGAAUUCAUCCAGAGAUCGAAGAAGAAGCCGUUGGAUAUCGUCCUCUAUCUACACUGCGGAAACCCGGAAGAAAAUGAAGAAGCGGAGCGGGGGUACCGGCACGGGGUACACCCAGAUGCCAAAAGUCAGGAUCGCCAAAAUGUGCUGCUGGUUCUAGAGGCACUCGCGACCCAAACCUACCGUUGGAGGAGAAUCUACAUCGCUGCACCAGCUUACGACUACGAAGUUUUUCCAGACCUCUUCCUGCAGUGGAGACAGAUGGUCUCCUCCUCUGCGGCGCCACUGCUCGAAAGUGCCUCCUUCUGCCCUGGGCUCUCGAUCGAUCACGAUCAUUACAGUGAGGAUCAACGGCAAAAUCUCCUUGAAAUCUGCAGCAGCAUCAAAUACCUUCCUCAGAUUUUAGCAGGGGGGACCCCAAACCUGAAAUUCAUUCGAUGUACAUCUUUCGCCUUCCCGACGCUUCUCCCGCCUUUACACAACAUCGUGAAUCUCCAGAUUGUCUACACUGACUUCAGAGGUUAUGGAAGCCAAAACCCACCUAUUUUCACUUUUUACCAUCUGUGCCACAUACUCUCGCUCCCCAAUCUUGAGACGCUGCUACUUUCAGGAGAUGAAUUUGGUGCAUGUGCUUCCCCAGAAGACAACCUACCAACAAUUCCUUGUCCGCGUCUCAAGCAUUUCUACUUCGACUCAACCACAUAUUGUUUCGAUAACUUGGUUCGUGUCAUGGAUGCGUACAAUCUUGAGCGGUUAACGCUAAAGUCUUUCCAACCACGUAUCACCGGGCUCCUGCUCGAUCCUCCAAAACCAUUCAAGGCAGUAUCAACCCUUGAGCUUCUGAGUUGCCGUCCUGUGGAGGAUGAGCUCAUUUAUCUGAUGGAUCUGGUGCCAAACAUUUCGACUUUGGCUAUCCACGGAGAUUGCUUUGAACUUGGUUCUGGUUUCUUGACUGACGGAGAGAUCGACGAUGAGGAGGACGAGGAACAGGAGGGUGAGGGCGAGGUGGAAGAGAAUUAUGCAUGUGCAAGCAGCGAGGGAGAACAAACCGACUCUGAUCCAGGCCAAACUCAGCUAUCAAUUGGGCCAAUCGAGUCAAUUCCAUUGGAAAAUGCGAACGGGAGGAUACAUCGUCGAUCUGGGGAAUUUGGGCCAUUUGACAAGCUGAUCGCUGUAGACCAAGCGGGAUUUCACCCCUGGCGGUCACUGUCCAGAAUUCAAUACCACCCCCUGGGUCCACCAAAUCUGCGGGACAUGUUGAAGUGGCUCCUUCACCGGAAAAGUCGAGGCGCCCUACCUCUGGAUACAAUUCAAGUUACUCCAUGCUUUAUGGUUGAUGAUUUUCGACGCUCACACCCAGAGGUAGAGGAAAUAGAGCAGCUUGUCGGAUCUCUGGAAAGCUGGGAUCGUUGUGAAGAAGUCGCCGAAGGACCAGUCCCAUGGGAUUCUGAAUUAGCCAUUGAAGACGUCAAGUUUCGCCCUCGCGACUACUAA